CUCCUCCUCCUCUGUAGCUCAGAUUUCCCGCAGCCCCUGAACGUCCCCAUCCACUGAUCCACCGCGCGGCCCCGCGUCCGCGUCCACGCCUCACCGGGUCCCGUUCGUCACCUGAUGAUGUUGACGUUGAUAUUGCUCCUCGCCGUGAGUUUGCCCGGCGGCGGCUCAAACGGCAGCCCGCCGACCACGGAGACGCCCAGCGCGGUGCGUUUACUGUCGGCUGUGGUCGACUCUCAGAGAGCCGAGCAGAGCCAGAGGCAACACCUGGAGACUCUGUUCAACAGAUAUGGAGAAAACGGCACCAUCUCUCUGGCCGGUUUGAAGCGCCUCCUACAGAACGUGGGGUUGGAUCGCAUCAGGACUGUUAUGGUGCAACAUCACGAGCAACCGGGCCACCACGACCACCAUCACCACCACCAUCAUCCACACCAGGGAGACCACCACCACCAUCACCAUCUCCACGACGACGACGACGACAACAACUCUCACCCCCAGAAACAAGCUGACCCUUUAGAGCACGUGAAGUUUCCAAAGACCUCUGAAGUCUCCAAAGAUCAGAACAACCUCCACAACCUGCACGACAAGAAGAGCGCGGCGGCUCAGGAGGUCGGCACCGCGGCGGUGUACAGCGCCCAGCUGAUGGCGAGAUUGGAUGAAGAUCUUAAGAGCAGUCUGGAACAACCCGGUCCUGCAGACCACGACCACAAUCACGACCACGUGAACCAGGAUCUUCCCCACAACCAAAGCGUGGACAGUGUGGAGUGUCAGAACGCCUCCAGCAUCCUCUCGUCUCACGGGAUGUCUCAGGAGGCCGGCGUGACGCUCGCCGACUUCAGCUUCCUCUGCCCCGCCCUCCUCAGCCAGAUCGACAGCGGCGCAUGCAUCCUGCACCGAGGCGCUGCAGAACCCGAGGAGAGAGACCAUAAGCACACUCACGGUCACCAUGGUAACCACAACAACUCGGACCACGGGGAGCAUUCUGGUGGAGAAAGUGUGAAAAACAUUGCGAUAGCGUGGGUCGGAGGGUUCGUCUCCAUCACGGUCAUCAGCCUGCUGUCUCUGCUCGGCGUCGUCCUCAUCCCGCUCAUGAACAAAGUCUUCUUCAAGUUCCUCCUCAGCUUCUUGGUGGCGCUGGCGGUCGGCACGCUGAGCGGCGACGCCUUCCUUCAUCUCAUCCCCCACUCUCAGGGAGGCCACCAGCACCACCACGAGGAUUCUGGGACGGACACGGGGGGGCACCACCUCCACGACAUGGAAAACCUGGACGGUGUGUGGAAAGGUCUGACGGCGCUGAGCGGAGUCUACGUCAUGUUUCUGAUCGAACACUUCCUCACGCUGGGGAAAAUGUACAAGGACAAGAAACAGAAGAUCCAGAAGAAGUGGGAUCAGAACAACAAAGCAGAUGCGGAGAAGCAGCCCUCUCUGGAGGAGAACGACCUGAAGCCAACCGAAGAUGUGGAGACCAAUGGUUCCGGCAUGUUUGGCGAGCACGGCGGCGGCGUGUUGGAGGAGGAGCAGGUGAUGCUGGCGCCGCAGGUGUCCGUCGUCUCGCCGCAGGGCUACGGAGGAGAGGCGGGCGGCGCCGCCUACACCGCCGAGGACUGCGAGAACGCUUGCCACUCCCACUUCCACGACACGGUGGGCCAGGCCGACAGCAUGCACCACCACCACCACGACUACCACCACAUCCUGCACCACCACCACUCCCAGAACCACCACCCACACAGCCACUCCCACACCUACUCCGAGGAGCACUUCCAGCAGGCCGGCGUGGCCACGCUCGCCUGGAUGGUCAUCAUGGGAGACGGGCUGCACAACUUCAGCGACGGCCUGGCCAUCGGAGCUGCCUUCACUGAGGGUCUGUCCAGCGGUCUCAGUACAUCCGUGGCUGUUUUCUGUCACGAGCUGCCUCACGAGUUGGGUGACUUUGCGGUGCUCCUGAAGGCCGGUAUGACGGUGCGUCAGGCCAUUCUCUAUAACGUGCUGUCGGCCAUGAUGGCCUACCUGGGCGUGGUGAUCGGUAUCCUGAUCGGACACUACGCAGAGAACAUCUCCAUGUGGAUAUUCGCCCUCACAGCCGGACUCUUCAUGUACGUGGCUCUGGUGGACAUGGUGCCUGAGAUGUUGCAUAACGACGCCGGGGACCACGGCUUCAGCCACUGCGGCUUCUUCCUGCUCCAGAACGCCGGCAUCCUGCUGGGCUUCUUUAUUAUGUUGCUAAUCGCCAUUUUUGAGCACAAAAUCCAGCUGGACCUAGGAUACUGAAGGAGAGGCCUUUCACCCUCGGCUCCAUGUGCGUCUCUGUCAGAACUGUAGAGUGUUUUUUUUUUUAUUUAUUAGUUGUUCUAGACAAUCCUGUCAGAUUGAUUUAGUUUGUAUUUUCACAUGGUGUCGAAGAAGCAUCGGUACAGAGAGAAAUGCAAUUUAGGAAGUUGCCAUGUUGACCUGGUUCUUUGAAAGCAACACAUCCAUGAGCUACUGAAGCUCCGACGUCUGCUGCUCAGACUCAGGUUAGGUGUAAGAACAAGUAACAAAGUACUUUUUUAUUUUCUCUGACCGUGGUUUAAAUGAUCUAGUGUCGUCGAAACAUUUGAUCAAUUUUCAUUUGUCAGGUCAUAUUUAUGUUAAAUCCAAUAAGACCUGAAGCCGCACCAGAAAACUGUUAUGUAGACUUAGACCUUUUUUUCCAUCAUAUUUGAGUCAGUAUUUUUUUUCAGCAUUAUGUCAGAUUUUGUCAUAAUUAUCUUUAUUUAUGUGACGUGUCGGAGGUGUUUCUGCUGCUGAGUCAAACCACAUCAGUAUUCCAGUAGAGAGCCAACGUGCCAUAACAGCCCUUCUGUUAGAACAACUCACUUUACAGUUACUUUAAUACACACUUGAGUCCAAAAUUCUUACCUCAUAUUUUGAUCCAGCGUUCAAGUUGAUCAGAUUUUCGGAGAUAAAAUCAAAUAAUAUUCAGAAUUUUUUGAAACGAGAAGGAGUAAAAUGUUCCCAUUUUUGCUUACGAAAAAUUAAUAAUAGUGUGUUUUGUGUUGAUGGAUUAAUGGUUUCUAAUUGUAAUCAAUUCAGAGAAUCCAUCCGGUUCAGUUUGUUGUAUUGGAGCAGCUCCCCCUUGUGUUCGUUGUGGUUUAUUGCUAAAAUUAUGCUGUUUAAAAAAAAAAAAUUGUUACAGUUAUGAAAAAUAACUUUAACAUCACCUAAAAUGUGUUUAGGGGAUUUGAAGUGUGACCCAGUGCUGUUACGUUCACCUUAAAGGGCAACACCUGCAACACCUGGAAUGUGCCGAUUUGGCAGAAAAUGUUAUCAAAGUGUGACAUGUGGAGAGUUAAAAUAGGACGGUUGAUUAACUUGAGGUGAAGCUUCGAUGAUUGGAUGUGUGUCAAAGUGCUGCUGAUGGUUGAUCCACUUCAUUUACAUAAAGAAAUACCUUACUGGUUCCAUAUAAACCUGCAGCUCCACUGAGCCCAUCAGCAGUUUAACAGCCUGCCUCAGGUCACCUGAUCACCCUAUCAUUUAACAUUCAAUUAAAUCAGCAGGAAAACCGUCCAAUCAGAUUCAGAGUUCAGUCUGUUGAAGGAAAAGAUGUCAUAAACCUGAAAAAAGUAAAAAGUCAGGGCUCACUGUUCAACGUUUAUGCUCUGAUUGGCAAAGAGCUGCUUAAAAGAUAAAAAAAAAAAAAGAGCUUUGUUGUGCGUUUCAAAAUGUUAUUAUCUGCUUUGAAGAAGCGUUCCUCGAACACAUCGAUCUGCUGCCGGUUUAGGAAACACAUUUAGACAAAGAUUAGUUUUCGCAGAGGGUUUAUGAAUAUUUCUGAAGCGUGAUUAGCUGGAGGAGAACAGGAGGGAAGCGAACCCUAUUCAUGUUCUCAGUGUCUUCUGAAGAGAAGUGCAUUUGUAAGGUCAAAGACUGUGUUUGGAAAGCGAAGACACAAAAUCAUAUUCAUCUGGAGCCUCAAAUUUUCCUCCUGAAAAUGAUGGUCUCUCCUGUGAAGCUUUCUGUACUGGGACCAGAGCCUCAUGAUGUUUGGAUUCAGACUCCAUUAAUCCACGAAACAAAACCUAAAUAGAGUUUAAAGGAACACCGAGCCCCGUCUGUUCACGCCAGUGCAUAUGGAACUCAACACCAUCUACAUUCCUAGUUACUAAUUUAUAAUCUUUUUCUAUUUUUUUCUAAUUUAAAAGAAAAAUGUCAAAGAUGAUUUUAAAUGAAAUGUAUUUAAGGGCAUUUCCAGAAUACCUUUGCUGUUAGCAGCCUGCUAGCUCUGUGCUGUAGAUUCAGGCUCCAAACAGCAGAGCUGACAGCGGCAGACGUUUUGUCUCCGUCAGUCAAAGUGGUGCUGAGGAUCAUUUUUCAAAUCACAAACCAUGAAUGUCUUCCCGGAGAGAACGCCUGGUGAUAUCAUGUUUUAAACGAUAUUGCGCUCAACCGGCAUGAAAAACGAGUUCUUCUCGAGCGUGUGUGGCCUUGACGUGGCUCUUGGGAGCAAUGGCCGACUGGUUGGCCAUGACCUUUGACCUCUCGGUGAAAUUUGUACGAGUCUGGACGAGAAAAGCCAAAGACGAUGUCUGGCAUCUGUCCAAUCGAGCGCUAAGAAAAUGAUGGCGACAAAAUAGGGGAACUCAUCAGAACGACUGUUGCUUUAGUGUUUUUUAAUAUAUAUUUGUUAUUAACUUAUGUUUUAUUUUAUUGUUACGGUUGGAGAGUUAAAGUGGCAGCUCAACACUAUCGUGUUCAGAGAAACGAAUGCGUACUAAAAGUCUCUGUUAGUGUUUGUUACAAUCUUUCUCCUGGACUUUAAUACCAGUAAUUAUCACAGCAGAAACACAGACGUCCAUCAUGAAGCUCAGUUCAAACUUUCACGUUUUUCUUUCUCACUAUGUUUUGUUCUUUUUUUUUUUAUUUAAAAGGGACUCGGAUGUUAAGGUAGUUAGUUUCCCUAACAGCUUGUUAUUUUCUGGCCUUUUAAAAAACUCAAACUAUGAAAAGCAAGUCAAGUCGAGACACGAACCUCACUGUGUAUAU